UUGUUGGAAAAGAAAAUGUUUUCAUCUCGACAAGAAAUUAGAAUGGAUGUUAUUCGAUCCAAGAGAUGGCGCUCAUGUUGAAAUUCUUUUCAAAUGUUCUCCGAAAGGAAAUCAGUUGAUUUUUUUUCUUUGUCUCGUUAACAUCAAACUGUUUUUUCUUCUUCUCUUUCAUCUCUUUUGGUCUUUUUGUCGGUUUAUUUCUAGUUUUUUCUUCUUCUUCUUUUCUUCCAAUGUGAUAGACUGUUGAUUAGAAUUAAGAAAAAGUUCUUUUUUCAAAAUUGAUUAGUUUCAUCUCUUCGCAAAUGUGAUGUGACUCAUUCUUUUCUUUUUGGUUUAUAUACUUUGGAUUAUAAUUGAAAAAUAGAUCAUGUCAAUUUCUUGUGUUCCAUUACUUGGAUUAUCUUUUUGGUCCAAAGACCUUGUUGGCCAUUAGUGUUUUCUUUUCUAACUCCACCUUUAACCCCAUAGUGUGUGUGACUCUUUAUCUCUCUCUCUCUCUCGCUCUUCAUCUUCAUCUUAUCUUCUUGUUUCUUUUACGUUUUAAAUUUGAACGUUUAAAAAGAAAAUGAGGAAAUUGUGCUUAAUCCAUUUACUUUUUUCCUCAUUUUUAAUUGUUCCUUGUUUAUCAAAUAAAACCAAUUGCCCAGAGAUGUGUGAAUGUAUCUGGCGCGGUGGUAAAAUAACUGCCGAAUGCACUGGCGGUGGACUAAUUGCUGUUCCUCAAGGAGUAUCUCAUACAAUUCAAGUGUUGAAUAUUUCGAAUAACAAUUUUCAAACCUUACCUUCCAAAGUGUUCCAAGAAAGAGGAUUAACCAAUUUACAGAAAAUUUAUCUCUCCAAUUGUAAAAUUGGUAGAAUUUUUCCCGACGCCUUCAUUCAACUAACCAAUCUUGUUGAAUUAGAUUUAAGCUUAAAUGUGCUAACCAAUGUUCCCUCCGAACCAUUAAGAUUUAUCAAUAGGCUGCGUCGAGCUAUUUUUCAUGCCAAUCCAAUACAAAUUAUUGGUGAGGGCAGUUUUACCGGUUUAACUCAUCUUGUCCAUCUUGAUUUGUCUAAUUGUCAAAUUGAUACAAUAGCCCCUGGAGCCUUUAAAGAGCUUAUCGCUCUGGAACAAUUGAAAUUGGAAGGUAAUAGAAUAACCAGUUUACCCUCGGAUAGUUUUGAAAAUCUUCCUCUAUCCAAUAUUGGACUUCACCAGAAUCCAUGGAAUUGUGAUUGUUCAUUAAGACCAAUCUUAGAAUGGUUAGGCAAAUCAAAAUUAACACCCAACGUGCCACCAACUUGUUCACGUCCGUCCAAAUUGAAGGGUUUAAUGUGGAACUCAUUGGCUUUAGCUGAUUUCGCAUGUCCCCCUGUAUUUAAAGUUGGUGAUACUGAGCUUAAAACAACAAUUGGAACCAAUUUAUCACUUAUUUGUACAGUUGAAUCAUCACCAUUGGCUAAAGUUUAUUGGUCAUAUGAAGAUCUUGACAAUACAACCAAUACAACAUUACUUUAUAUUAGUGAAAAUGAUAAAUAUAAAGUUUCAGAAGAUACAACUCAUGAUUCAAUCUCAUCUACGUUGAUUGUGCCUAAUGUUGAUUCUGUUGACGCCCGACGACACUUUCUUUGUACUGCCGAGAAUCAAGCUGAUUCAACUACCAAAAAUUUCACCAUCGCUAUUGUUUCCGCACCUUUAGCCAACUUUAGUGAUUGGUCAAGAGUGGAAAUCGCUGGAGCAAUAAUUGCCUUCCUUUUAGGUCUAAUUCUUACCUUAGUUAUGGUCGCAAUUUGGCUAAUGAAGAGUAAAAAAGAAUCUUCUUCUUCGGUUAAAAAGCAAGAAAUUAAAUCAACAACAAUUGGCAGCCCAAUCAACAAUAAAUCUGAUGGUGGAAACAAUGGUUCAAUUAACAAUAGUCCAGUUUUAUUAUACAAAAAUUAUGAGAAUUAUGAAAAUUUUGCUUAUCAUCAACAAUUUAUAAAUCAACAGCAACAUGUUUCACCUCCACUUCAAUUAUUGGAUCAACAACAUCAACAAUCACAACUUUUUGAUCCUCAAUCACAAUUUACAUCAAUGAAUCACCAGCAACAACAACAACAACAUCCACACCUUCAAUUAAUUGAUAAUCAACAUGCUCACCUACAAUUACUGGACCAACAACAGCAAGGACAACAUUGUCAAAUACAAUUAAUUGAUCCUCAACAACAACAACAACCACAUCCUCAGAUUGAAAUGAUGGGUCAACAACAUCAUCCACAACCUCAUCAAUUUCAUCAUUACACCUACAUUGGUCAAGAAUCUUUCCGUUACUCACCUGAUGAAGGUUAUGCUGAAGACCAAGUUUAUAUUUCGGAAGGAACUGAAGUCUAGUUAAUUAAUCAAAUUUAAAUCAACUUAGAAAAAAAAAACUCUUUUGUUUAUCUGUGAAACCUCACCAAGUGAACUUUUCUCAUUGUGUAAAUCUCAUUUUUCACCAUCAUCAUGAUAAUCAUAAAUCACCCCCACCACCACAAUCGACCACCAGCAUUAUCACAAUCAUUUUCAUCUUCAUCUUCACCCAUCAUCAUCAUCAUCAUCUUCAUCAUCCAACACACACUCUCUCUCUCUCCCUUAGAUAUUUCAAUAUGGAAAAAUCUCUCAUAUCUUUAGAUGAACUUAAAGACAGAUGAUAAUUUUUAUUUAAUUUCUGAUAAAAUUUUUGUAUGAUUAAGAUAAUUUCGAGACGCAAGUCCGAGUCUCAUUUGUAAUAUUUAAUUAAAACCAAUUACGAACCAAAAA